AUGUACCCAUAUUUUCAGGCCGGAAAGCGACAUUUCUGUCGCUUAUGCACAAUCUAUUUAUUACUGGGAGAUGCUGGGCUACUUCUUUGGAAUGCUACUGAAUGUUAUGGCCUACAUACGGGCAGUGUCGCUAUAAAAAAGCCCAUCGUUCCGGGAGCAGAUGAAACGAAUACGCUACGGUUUAGCGCUUGGUGUGUUGUCGACAGUAUUGGUAUCAGUACCGAAUGUAAAGUCGCUGUUCCUCGAUCAACUGCGUUUUGCUGGUAUGGACGAAUGGGUAUCGCAGAUGUUCAAUUGGGCUAG